AUGUCGAUCCAAGUCUCCAACAACCAGGACUUUCAGCACAUUCUCCGUAUCCUCAACACCAACGUUGAUGGACGCGAGAAGGUCGUCAUUGCGCUCACCGCCAUCCGCGGCAUCGGGCGCCGUGUGUCGAACUUGAUCUGCAAGAAGGCAGACAUCGACACCAACAAGAGAGCGGGCGAGUUGACGGCCGACGAAAUCAGCAAGGUAGUGGCUAUCGCCUCGACCCCGCAACAGUUUAAGAUUCCCACGUGGUUCCUCAACAGACAGAAGGAUGUGAGAGACGGCAAGCACAAGCACGUCGUGGCGAACGGUUUGGACACCGUGUGGAGAGAGGAUCUGGAGCGCCUGAAGAAGAUGAGGCUUCACAGAGGUUUGCGUCACUACUGGGGACUCAAGGUCCGUGGUCAGCACACCAAGACGACUGGCCGCCACGGACGCACCGUCGGUGUCGCGAAGAAGAAGGGUUGCUAA